AUGGGUGCCCUUCAAGCCACAGUUAUUUGCUUCAUUUUAUUGCAGACAUGCAGUAUUACUGCCCAAGAUGGUGAAUGGAAGUCAGCUACUGCAACAUACACUAAACAAAGAGAUGAUUCCAUCAUCACUGAAGGUGCUUGUGGUUAUGGAGACCUUCACAAGACCAGCUAUGGCAAAUACAGUGCUGGGCUGAGUAGCAUGUUGUUCAACAGAGGAAGCACCUGCGGAGGCUGCUUUGAGGUGAGAUGUGUUGACCACAUACUAUGGUGCCUGCAGGGGAGCCCAUCCGUUAUUCUUACGGCUACUGAUUUCUGUCCCCCAAACUAUGGGCUUCCAUCUGAUUACGGUGGGUGGUGCAAUUUCCCUAGUCGGCACUUCGAGAUGUCUGAGGCUGCGUUUUCUGAAAUCGCUGAGAGAAAAGCAGAUAUAGUACCAGUUCAAUACAGAAGGACCAAGUGUAAGAAAGUAGGGGGGAUCAGAUUUACACUAAAUGGGAGUGUUUACUUCUACCAAGUCCUGAUCACUAAUGUUGGGUUGGAUGGAGAGGUGGUUGCUGUGAAAGUCAAGGGAUCAAAGACAGGGUGGAUACCUAUGGGAAGGAACUGGGGACAGAACUGGCAAUGCAAUGUCAACCUUGCAGGGCAGCCCCUCUCUUUCGAGGUGACGACUACCAGCGGAAGAACAGUCACUUCUUACAAUGUCGCUCCAGCAAAUUGGAGAUUCGGUCAGACAUUUGGAGGGAAACAGUUCUAGUGUUGCAAUUUUUUGGAAGUCAAGGCAGAUAUAAUCAAGGGAAGAAAGGUAUGCACAUUCUAAAGAAUCCAUUUUCAAACAUCCAAAGUACUGGACAUUCAGUAAAGUUAAGAUCAUUGUCAAAUAAUACGAGAAAAUUGAAGAAGUUAAAAAAACACAAAUUGAGAUCCCAGUUUGGACUUCACAUGAUACAAUGAGAAGAGAAUAUACAUAAUGAUGCAAUAUGUAGUUGUUACUGCAAAGGUAAACGUAUGCCUUCCUCACAUUUUAACUAUUCU